ACCCGCCAGCCUUCGCUUUGCGCACGCGCCUUUUGAGGCCCUAGUGUCGCUGCCAACGGAGGUGGCGGCGCGUUUCCCGCCAGGCCAGGGGGGCGUGGCGCGGCGCGAUGCGCAGUUUGAUGACGACAUCUUGGCGCCGGAUGCCGAAUGGUAGCCCCAGUCCCUGAAGAUGAGGAACGCUGUAGACUCCACAGUGGUUUCCUAAGACGGCCGUUUUCAACUCCACCAGAGGCUACUAUGGCAUUCCCUCACCUGCAACAGCCCAGCUUCCUACUGGCUAGCCUGAAAGCUGACACAAUAAAUAAGCCCUUUGCACAGCGGUGCCAAGACUUGGUUAAAGUCAUAGAAGAUUUUCCAGCAAAGGAGCUGCAUGCCAUCUUCCCAUGGCUGGUAGAGAGCAUUUUCGGCAGCUUGGACGGUGUUCUCAUCGGCUGGAACCUCCGCUCCUUACAGGGACGUGUGAGCCCUGUCGAAUACAGCAUUGCGAUGGAAUUUCUAGACCCUGGUGGCCCAAUGAUGAAGUUGGUAUAUAAACUUCAAGCUGAAGACUAUAAGUUUGACUUUCCUGUCUCCUACCUGCCUGGCCCCGUGAAGGCAUCCAUCCAGGAGCACGUGGUCCCUGAUAGCCCUCUAUACCACAAUAAGGUCCAGUUCCCUCCCACCGGGGGCCUCGGCCUGAACCUGGCCCUCAAUCCGUUCGAGUAUUACAUGUUCUUUUUCGCUUUGAGCCUCAUCACUCAAAAGCCACUCCCCGGGGCCCUCCAUGUUCGUACUUCAGACUGUGCCUAUUUCAUCCUGGUGGACAGGUACCUAUCAUGGUUCCUGCCCACAGAAGGCAGCGUGCUCCCCCCACUCUCCUCCAGUCCCGGGGGGCCCAGCCCCUCACCAGCUCCCAGGACUCCAGCCAUGCCUUUUGCUUCCUAUGGCCUCCACCACACCAGUCUUCUGAAGCGACAUAUAUCUCAUCAGACAUCUGUGAACGCAGACCCUGCCUCCCAUGAGAUCUGGAGGUCGGAAACUCUACUCCAGGUUUUUGUUGAAAUGUGGCUUCAUCAUUAUUCCUUGGAGAUGUACCAAAAAAUGCAGUCCCCUCAUGCCAAGCUGGAGGUUCUGCACUACCGACUCAGUGUCUCCAGCGCCCUUCACAGCCCUGCCCAACCCAGCCUCCAGGCCCUCCACGCCUACCAAGAGUCAUUCACGCCCACUGAGGAGCACGUGCUGGUGGUGCGCCUGCUGGUCAAACACCUGCACGCCUUUUCCAACAGCCUGAAGCCCGAGCAGGUCUCGCCCUCCGCCCAUUCCCAUGCCACCAGCCCCCUGGAGGAAUUCAAACGGGCUGCUGUCCCGAGGUUCGUCCAGCAGAAGCUCUACCUCUUCCUGCAGCACUGCUUCGGCCACUGGCCCCUGGACGCGUCCUUCAGAGCCGUCCUGGAGAUGUGGUUAAGCUACCUGCAGCCCUGGAGGUACGCGCCUGAGAAGCAGCCUCAGGGUAGUGAUGGCCAGGCCCGCUGUGUGUCUGAGAGAUGGGCGCCCUUUGUGCAGGAGAACCUGCUGCUGUACACCAAGCUCUUCGUGGGCUUCCUGAGCCGCGCGCUGCGCACUGACCUGGUCAGCCCCAAGAACGCACUGAUGGUGUUCCGAGUGGCCAAAGUCUUUGCCCAGCCCAACCUGGCUGAGAUGAUCCAGAAAGGCGAGCAGCUCUUCCUGGAGCCCGAACUCGUCAUCACCCACCGCCAGCACCGACUCUUCUCGGCUCCCACACUCACCGGCAGCUUCCUGUCAUCUUGGCCGCCGGCCUUCACCGACACCUCCUUCAAGGUGAAGAGCCAUGUCUACAGCCUGGAAGGCCAGGACUGCAAAUACACCCCGAUGUUCGGGCCAGAGGUCCGGACGCUGGUCUUGCGCCUGGCUCAGCUCAUCACGCAGGCCAAGCAGACAGCCAAGUCCAUCUCUGACCAGUGCAGGGAAAGCACAGCCAGUCGCCCUUUUCUGUCCUGGCUGGGCUUCUGCCUUUCGGACACAAACAGCUCCUACCCAGCCAAUGACCUGGACGACAUGGGGCAGGACAGCAUCCGCAAGACAGACGAGUACCUGGAGAAGGCCCUGGAGUACCUGUGCCAGAUGUUCCGACUCAGUGAGGCCCAGCUCGCCCAGCUCACUCUCGCCAUGGGAACAACUCAGGAUGAGAACGGCAAGAAGCAGCUCCCGGAUUGCAUCGUGGGUGAGGACGGACUCAUCCUCACCCCCCUGGGCCGGUACCAGAUCAUCAACGGGCUGCGGAAGUUUGACAUCGAGUACCAGGGGGACUCGGAACUGCAGCCCAUCCGAAGCUAUGAGAUUGCCAGCCUGGUCCGCUUGCUCUUCCGGCUGUCCUCCACCGUCAACCACAGGUUUGCAGGCCAGAUGAGAGCCCUGUGUUCCCGGGCUGACUUCCUCGGCAGCUUCUGUAGAUACCACCUCAUGGAGCCAGGGCUGACCGACAAGCACUUGCUGAGCCCCGUGGGGCAGGGGCGUGUGGCCAGCCGUGCCCGGGGCCCCAGGCUCAGCCUUCAUUUCCUGGGCAGCUACCGGACGCUGCUGUCACUGCUGCUGGCCUUCUUUGUGGCCUCUCUGUUCCGCAUCGGGCCCCUGCCCUUUGCCCUGCUCCUCGUGCUGGGCUACUUCCUCUACGCUGCGGCCAUGACACUGCUGACGGAGCAGGGCAAGCUGCACCAGCUCUGACCACAGCCAGCCUCUCCCCACACUGCCCCUCCCGUGUACCUGGGAGGCCACCUCCGCACCUGAGCCUGGUCACCGUCACGCUUCCAGGGAGCAUUUUCCUGUAGCCUCCGAACCGUUUGGAAGAGAAUGAAGGAGAAGGGCACACAGUCCAGACUUGGCCAGGAAGAGAGCAGCGUCCAGGGCCCAUGAGCUACGUGGGAUGGGGACAGACCGGGGCCGGCCACGGGCCUUCCUCCUCCCUCAGCCGGAGGCUCCACAAGAAGAUGGUCAAGGCUUUUCUCUUUUUAACUGUUUCAGGGUUUAGCCAUGCGAAGCCAAGGAGUCUGUGCUUCCGGGGGGC